AUGUGGAAAAUUCUGCUCCCAUUUCUGACUUUGAUGACUGCACAAUGUUUAUCAUCAAAUGAAGUUCGAUGGGACCACAGUGUUGACUUAGACGAGAACUUUCGAUUGUUAUGGCGUGUGAAGGAACCUGACAUCAUUAUUGAAGUGCAAGCGAGAACACAUGGUUACGUUGGCUUUGGUUUCACACGAAGCGAAUACAUUUAUGGAGCAGAUAUGGUCAUCGGAUGGGUCGAUAAGCACACGUUCUUCCAAGAUCGACACAUCCCCGUCCACAGCCACAAUGGAGAGCCUGUGUUGGAUCAAUCGCAAGAUUACGUUCUUCUCUUCGGUCAUGAGAAUAAGACUCAUACAAUCAUCAGAUUUCGAAGAAAAUUGGAUACAUGCGAUGAGAAGUACGACGUUCCUAUUACGAACGACACAAUGAGGAUCGUUUACAUGUAUCAUCAUGAUGAGCCAAAACGAGGCUCUUUGUUGCAAGGUAACUUACCAGAACCCGAGCAAGCUUUGAAGCCCAUCAAGUCGUUGCUGUUUCUCCAAAGACCAAAAUUUGAGAAAGUUCGAAAACUAAAUGAUGAAAAUAUUGAAACAUUUGAUGUGAGAAUGAAGAAUGUUUUAAUGACGUCAUCAAAUGUUACAAAGGCUUGCAGUGUUUUGAGAUUGAAGGAGAAUCAACGUGGACAUGUUGUCGCUUAUAAGCCAAUCUUUGAGCCUAUGAUAGCAAGAACUUACAUCAUGCACAUGAUAGUUUACGAAUGUAGAAACAAACAUCACCCAAAUUAUAAUAUCGAUGAAGACAACGCGUCAUGUGCAAACAUUCAGAAGCUUCAAUGCACGACAAUUACUGCCACAUGGUCAAGAGGUUCACAAGGUUUUGUUUAUCCCGAUGACGUCGGUUAUCCAAUUGACAGUGACAUCGCCAGUUUAUAUUUCCUUGAAAUUCAUUACGAAGUUCCAACAAAGUCUUUUGCUGAUCACAAUCGAAUCAGUGACAGUUCAGGCAUCAAGUUCUUUAUGACGUCAGUGAAAAGGAAACACAAUGCGGGACUUUUAUCGAUUGGCAUUCAACCAGUGUGGACACACAUCAUCCCACCGGGAUUUAGAAAAGUGACAUCAAUUGGAUACUGCACUGGGAAGUGUAAUAAAGAAGCUUUCUCAACAACAGCAGCUGGUGGUGGUAGUGGAAUUAACGUCAUUGGCAUUCAGAUGCAGACACACGAGAUGGGAAAAUCAAUCAAAGUGGGACUUGUGCGAAGUGGAUCGGAACUUCAUCCAAUCGCUCAAGAUCAUAACUUGGAUUCGGAAUAUCUCGAAUAUCGAGCAUUGAGCAAGGCAAUUCAAGUUCUUCCUGGCGAUGAUUUAAUGGUUGAAUGUGCUUACAAUAGUUUUGAUAAAACAAAGUUGACAUUGGGUGGAUAUGAAGCACAACAAGAAAUUUGUCAAGCGACUCUCGUUUAUUAUCCUAAACAAGAUCAUUUGACUUCUUGCUAUUCGAAACCGAAGACAAAGAACUUCUUGAAAUCAUUGAACAUCGAUAAGCUUCGAAAUUCACCACCAUUUGCUAUCGAAUUGCCUGAGAAAUAUGCUGGGAAGACAUUGGAAGAACAUUUAAAGACUUACGAUUGGAAAACCGAAUUUGAUCAUUUUGAACGAGUCAGUAAAACGUCGCAAAUCGAUGUUGUUUGUUCCGGUUUAAAGAGAAAAAUUAUUGAAGACGAGCCAGUGGCAAUAAAGCAACCUUACAAGCCUCGAGCAUCGCAUUGCGAUCGAUACAAUAAAGUAUUUCAGUCUGAAGAACAAAUUCACGACAAUAGCUUAAGCAAUGUUCAACAAGCCCGAAGCAAAGUUUUAAGAAGUUCAGAGCUAAGCACAAUAAAUUUCAUAAAUGCUUCAAAUCGUAUUGAAGUUUGUAAUAAAUUAAAUUUAAUUUUCUUAAUAUCUUUAGGAUAUUUUCUUAAAAUUAUAAUAAGAGUUUAA